AUGGGCGAUAUCUGUACGAGUGAAAGACAAGAUAGAAUCGGCGAAUUACCUGAUGAUAUCCUCCUUCACAUUCUAUACUUCCUUUCAAUCGGAGAUGUUUUCAGAACUUCUGCAUUGUCAACCAGAUGGAAACACCUUUGUACUUUGAAGUAUACGUGGAUUACUACAUCUCAGCUUCAGCCAUGGAUAUCUGCUGCAAUUAGAUGCAACCUGCAGGAGCUUGAAAAUUCUAUCGGCAAUGUACCAUUACCUGAUAACGCUUUUACUGUCAAAUCACUCACAGUAAUGAAGUUAAAGAUUACUUCAUUUUUUCAGGUUCCCAGUUUCAUUAAAUUAUCAAAUCUUAAGACUUUGCAUCUUAGUCUUUUUUUGAAAAAUGGGAAAGGGAUUGCUGAACAACUUGAACAACUUUUUUCAGAUUGUUGUCUUCUUCAAGAGCUGGUUUUAAACAUAGGUAUCUCUCUUAGUAUUAAGAGAAUCAAGAUUUGUAUUCCUAGUCUAAGAACAAUGGUUAUUCGUUGUCCAUCCAACCGACGCAUACUUUGUGGGUGUGGUAUCACAAUUUAUGCUGAAAAUUUGAAGGUUCUCCUGAGCAUAAAUUGUCUAAAUAUUGAAAUUUUACCUUGUGAUUUAUCUUCACUGAAUUAUGCAUAUAUUGAAGAUGACAGUGACAGUUUCACUCAGCAAACUGCUCAAAAUGCAUUAAAACUCAUGACUGGAAUUUGUAAUGUCAAAUCUCUUACGCUGUCAGGUGAUAUCCUUAAGCAUCUCUUUUUUGAGGAAAAUCUCCAAGAUGGUCUUCCUCUAUUUCAUCGCUUGACUCAUUUGAAGGUGAUUCCCAGGAAACUUGGUUAUACAGAUUAUCUAGUGUGGAAGGAUAUUCUUCAAAAAUCACCUAACAUAGUUUCUUCUCGGAUGACAGGGUACUGACAGAUUUGCUGCAAGU